GUUAGUGGAAGUAUUUUUGUUUUAUUUCGUGAACUUUUUAAAAUAGAAAAUGUGGGACAAUGACCUAGAAUUGAAGUUUAUAGAGUUUUUUCAAGCAGAGCCCAUAUUAUGGGACACAAAACACCGAAAUUAUAAAAACAAGAAUCUAAAUCACGACGCGUGGGGUAGAAUUGCACAAUUGAUGGACCUACCAAUACCAGAUCUCAAGAAGAAGAAGGAAUCUCUUUUUGCAAGUUAUCGGAAAUACAGAAAGAUGGUUAAAGAUUCCUACCAAUCGGGUGCUGGGGAAAAUGAAUUAUACAAACCAGUAUGGUUUGCAUAUGAGGCUUUGGAUGGAUGUCUGAGUGAUGGACUUACUCCGAAGAUAACAAUAAAUACGCAAUCAAGGGAUGAACAGCCAGGCACAAGUACAAUUACUUCAGAAGAGGAAAUAAUGAAUAAACCAGGAGAAACCAAAAAUGAAAUAACAACAUCACGAACUGGUCGUUCUCGUUCUCUUCAGUGCGAGGUAAAAGAGGCCGGAAGGCAUGUGAAGGAGGCACUGAGUUUGUUUCAAGAAAGUGUUAAAAGAAGGGAGUCUCAAGAACCCCCGGAUGACUGUGAAAUAUAUGGCAUGGGGUUAGCCAAGAAAUUAAGAGCUUUCUCUGAAGAAGAACGACUAGAAAUCAUGUAUGAGUUCGAUGGCAUAAUUCUCAAUCGUCGACGAACAAAGCAACCAAACAGGUUCACAAACACAGUAUUUAAUCCAUCUUCAGAAUACACUCGAUCUUCAUCUGCUAUGUCUUCCCCUUCCCCUGGUAUCUCUUGCUACUCUGAACCUCUGCAACACAAAAUGGCUUCUAUAUAA